CGCCGGGGCCGCUCCGGGACCGCCGGCACCGGCACCGCCGCCAGGAACCGGCACCGGGCAUGGCCCGGCCCGGCAGCUGAGCCCACUGCGCGCAGGCCGGGGAGGUGACGCCGGAGUCGCCGCGAGGUUCCCGAGCGAGGGCCGAGGAUUCCUGGGGCUGAUCCGGCCGGGACUGGGACCCCACAGAGAUGGAGCGGGAGGAGGAGACGCGGGAGAUCCUCCUGCCCAACUGGCAGGGCAGCGGCUCCCACGGCAUCACCAUCGACCAGACCGAUGACGGCGUCUUCGUCCGGCGCGUCCAGCAGAACUCUCCGGCCGCCCGCAUGGGCGUGGUCAAGGAAGGGGAUCAGAUCGUCAGCGCCACCGUCUACUUCGACAACCUGCAGUCGGGGGAGGUGGCGCAGCUGCUGCAGACCAUGGGCCACCACACGGUGGGACUGCGGCUGCAGCGCCGCGGGGACCGGUCACCCCUGCCCGGACAGCCCUGCAGACACGAGACCUUCGUGCCCGGCAGCCCCGAGGUCAUGCUGAGCGGCGAUGACGAGGAGUACCAGCGCAUCUACACCACCAAAAUCAAGCCCCGGCUGAGGUCCGAGGAGGGGCCGGACACCGAGGCUGGGGGGAUGCAGAGCCGGACCAUCACGGUCACCCGCAAGGUCACCGCCUACACCGUGGACGUCACCCGGCAUGACGGCGACCUCGACGUCCUCGGUGGUGGCCCCGAUUUCAACGUCCGGAUCCCGACACCAGAGCUCGGGCUGACGUCUGGUGCCGACGCCAGGAAAAGCCCGAGUGGGACUGGGGGGCUUCACCUGCAGACCCCAACAGAGCCGGCACUGCCCCAGAGCCAAAUUCCUGCUGGAGAAACUGGAAAAUCCAUCCCGGGCUGGAAGGGCUCUGGCGCCUUCCCGGGGUCGCCCAGGAUCGAGGCCAACGGACAGAUGGGAGAGCUGGACACGGGAUUCUACGCCACAGGGCCCCACGUGUCUGGCGGGGCUCCGUGUCCACAGGGAGAGGUCGCCGGCUCCUCGCCGCCCGUGGAUGUGGGGAAAAUCAAGAUCCCGACAUUGAAAAUCCCCAAAUUUGGGUUCCAGGCUGGCGGUGAAGUUCUGACCCCUGGGAUGGACGUCACUUGCUCGCCCGGAGCGGAGGUUUCGUCCCCGUCUGUCAAAGCCCCCGUGCCGCAGGUGGAUGUGGCGGUCAAAGGUGCCACCAAGGUCCCCUCCCCUCCGCUGGAUGUCCCUGGCGUGGAGGUCCCGGCCCCUGACGGCGCCAAGGGGAAAAUCAAAAUCCCGCACAUGACCUUCCCCAAAUUCACCGUCGCCGACGCCACCGUGGAGGUCCCCAAGGGCGUGGUGGUCCCCGAGGUGGCCCUGGAAGGAGAAUGGAAAGGUCCCAUGUUCAAGAAGGUGGAAACGCCCCAAAUUUCGCUGUCAGACGUGAACCUGAACUUGAGGGGCCCCAGGGUGGAAGGCGACCUCAAAGGACUCGGCCCCAAGGGGCUCCAGGUGGACGUGAAGGGUCCUGAGGUGCAAGUGGCCAGUCCAGGGGGUGGCCUGAAGGGAGUGGAGAUGGAUGUUGACGUGAAGGGGUUGAAGGGAGGAGUGGACGUAUCCGUGCCGACUGUGGGGGGUGAAUUGAGGGGGCCUCAAUUGGACCUUAAAGGGCCCCAGAUUGGGGUGGAGGUGCCUGGAGUUGACAUCAACGGCCCCACGGUGAAGAUGCCCGAGAUGAGCAUCAAAACCCCCCAAAUCUCUGUGCCUGAUGUCGACCUGAACCUCAAAGGGCCCGGAGUGAAGGGAAAUCUGGACAUUUCCACCCCAAAACUGGAAGGAGAACUGAAAGCCCCCGGACUGGACAUCAAAGGCCCCAAAGUUGAGGUUGGGAGCCCAGAAAUGGAGAUCCAGGGGCCCGAGGGGAAACUGAAAUUCCCCAAGCUAAAAAUGCCCAAAUUUGGGGUGAAGGGAGAGACCCCCAGUGUUGAUGUGACCCUUCCCAAAGGGGCAGUGGAUGUUUCCGGCCCCAAGGUGGACGUCAGCACUCCAAGCGUGGACAUCAAAGGCCCCAAAGUGGACAUUGAAGCACCUGAAGUGGACAUUCACAACCCCGAGGGAAAAUUCAAGAUGCCCAAAUUCAAGAUGCCCAAAUUUGGGAUGCCCGGGGUCAAAGCAGAAGGUCCAGAGGUGGACGUGAACCUCCCGAAAGGCGGCAUGGAGGUGUCCGGCCCCAAGGUGGACAUUGAGGCACCAAGUUUGGACAUCCAGGGGCCUGAAAUGCACCUCAAGGCCCCCCAAAUCUCCGCUCCUGAUGUUGACCUGACCCUCAAUGGUGCCAAGGCCAGCGGCGACUUGGACGUGUCCGUGCCCAGUUUGAAGGGCCCUGAACUGGAUAUCAAAGGCCCCAAAGUCGAGGUUGAAGCACCAGAUUUGGAUGUCCAAGGGCCCGAGGGCAAACUGAAGUUCCCCAAGCUGAAAAUGCCCAAAUUUGGGGUGAAGGGAGAGAGCCCCGACCUCGAGGUGGCCCUUCCCAAGGGCAAAGUGGACAUUUCGGGUCCCAGCGUCACCUUCGACGUCCCCAGCGUGGACAUCAAGGGCCCUGCAGUGAAGAUGCCUGAGAUGAGCAUCAAGACCCCCCAAAUCUCCAUGCCCGACAUCGACCUGAACCUCAAAGGGCCCAAAGUCAAGGCAGACCUUGACAUUUCCACCCCAAAACUGGAAGGGGAGCUGAAAACCCCUGGACUGGACAUCAAAGGCCCCAAAGUUGAGGUUGAAGCACCAGAUUUGGACAUCCAAGGGCCCGAGGGGAAAUUAAAGUUCCCCAAGCUGAAAAUGCCCAAAUUUGAGGUGAAGGGAAAGAGCCCCGACCUCGAGGUGACGCUCCCAAAGGGGGAGAUGGACAUUUCCGGCCCCAAGGUGGACAUCGAUGUCCCGAGUGUGGACGUGGAAGGGCCGGAGGUCAAAGGGAAAGGUCUCAAGUUUAAAAUGCCUGAACUCAACGUUCAGACCCCAAAACUCUCCAUGCCAGAUGUGGAUUUGGGAUUGAAGACCCCAAAACUGAAGGGGGACGCUGGAAUUUCUGGGCUGAAGGGCCCCAAAAUCGAUGUGAAAGGCCCCAAAGUGGAUGUGGAAGGUCCCAGGUUGGAUGUUGACGUGCCUGAGGUGGACUUGGAAUGUCCAGAAGGGAAGAUAAAAGGCCCCAAAUUCAAGAUGCCGAAACUUAACAUUAAAUCACCCAAAAUCUUGAUGCCGGACGUGGAUUUGAACCUGAAGGGACACAAGGUGAAGGGAGAGGUGGACGUGUCCCUCCCGAAGGUUGAAGGUGAUGCCGGCAUCAACAUCAAGGGGCCGAAGGUGGACGUGGAGGUCCCAGAUGUCCACCUGGAGUGUCCAGAGGCCAAACUGAAAAUGCCAAAAAUGAAAUUGCCUCAUUUCAACGUGUCCAGCCCCAAGCUGGAAGGGCCCGAGGUGGAUGUUACCCUGCCGAAAGGAGAGGUGGACCUCUCUGGGCCAGAGGUGGACAUUGAAGGUCCAGAAGUGGACGUUGGAGGAGUGGAAGGGAAAUGGAAAGGUCCCAAAUUCCGGAUGCCGAAGCUGAACAUCAAAUCCCCCAAAAUCUCCAUGCCAGAUGUGGACUUGAACCUGAAGGGACCCAAACUGAAGGGAGAGGUGGACGUGGCAGUCCCCAAGCCGGAAGGGGACUUGAAAGCUCCAGAAAUGGACAUUAAAGGGCCAAAAGUGGACAUUGAGGUGCCCAGCGUGGAUUUGGAGUAUCCUGAGGGGAAGGUCAAAGGCCCCAAGUUCAAGAUGCCUGAGAUGCACAUCAAGACACAGAAGAUCUCCAUGCCGGACGUGGACAUCAACCUGAAGGGCUCCAAGGUCAAGGGCGACGUGGAUGUGUCCCUUCCAAAGCUUGAAGGUGACCUGAAGGGUCCUGAAGUGGACAUCAAAGGCCCCAAAGUGGACAUUGAGGCACCCGAUGUCGACAUUCACGGCCCCGAAGGAAAAUUCAAGAUGCCCAAAUUCAAAAUGCCCAAGUUCGGGAUGCCCGGGGUCAAGGCAGAAGGUCCCGAGGUGGACGUGAACCUCCCAACAGGAAACCUGGAUGUGUCCGGCCCCAAGGUGGACAUUGAAGGUCCGGAAGUGGACGUGGAGCUGCCAGAGGGGAAGGUCAAAGGCCCCAAGUUCAAGAUGCCCGAGAUGCACAUCAAGGCCCCCAAGAUCUCCAUGCCCGAUGUCGACUUCAACCUGAAAGGCCCCAAAGUGAAGGGGGACGUUGAUGUUUCCGUUCCCAAGCUGGAAGGUGACCUGAAGGGCCCUGAAAUUGACAUCAAAGGCCCCAAAGUCGAUGUUGAUCUUCCUGAUGUUGAUCUGGAAGCACCUGAGGGGAAGAUCAAAGGCCCCAAGUUUAAGAUGCCUGAGAUGCACAUCAAGGCCCCCAAAAUCUCAAUGCCAGACUUUGAUCUGAACCUAAAAGGCCCCAAAGUGAAGGGAGAUGUCGAUGUCUCUGUCCCUAAGCUUGAGGGUGACCUGAAAGGUCCUGAACUGGACAUCAAAGGCCCCAAAGUGGACAUUGAGGCACCCGAUGUCGACAUUCACGGCCCCGAAGGAAAAUUCAAGAUGCCCAAAUUCAAAAUGCCCAAAUUUGGGAUGCCCGGGGUCAAGGCAGAAGGUCCCGAGGUGGACGUGAACCUCCCAACAGGAAACCUGGAUGUGUCUGGCCCCAAGGUGGACAUUGAAGGUCCGGAAGUGGACGUGGAGCUGCCAGAGGGGAAGGUCAAAGGCCCCAAGUUCAAGAUGCCCGAGAUGCACGUCAAGGCCCCCAAGAUCUCCAUGCCCGAUGUCGACUUCAACCUGAAAGGCCCCAAAGUGAAGGGGGACGUUGAUGUUUCCGUUCCCAAGCUGGAAGGUGACCUGAAGGGCCCUGAAAUUGACAUCAAAGGCCCCAAAGUCGAUGUUGAUCUUCCUGAUGUGGAGCUGGGAGGUCCAGAGGGGAAGAUCAAAGGCCCCAAGUUCAAGAUGCCUGAGAUGCACAUCAAGGCCCCCAAGAUCUCCAUGCCCGAUGUCGACUUCAACUUGAAGGGCCCCAAGGUCAAGGGUGACAUCAAUGUUUCUGCUCCAAAGCUGGAAGGUGACCUGCAGGGCCCCGAAAUCGACAUCAAAGGCCCCAAAGUGGACAUCGAGGCACCCGAUGUCGACAUUCACGGCCCCGAAGGAAAAUUCAAGAUGCCCAAAUUCAAGAUGCCCAAGUUCGGGAUGCCUGGGGUCAAGGCAGAAGGUCCUGAGGUGGACGUGAACCUCCCAACAGGAAACCUGGAUGUGUCCGGCCCCAAGGUGGACAUUGAAGGUCCGGAAGUGGAUGUGGAGCUGCCAGAGGGGAAGGUGAAGGGCCCCAAGUUCAAGAUGCCCGAGAUGCAUUUUAAGACACCCAAGAUCUCCAUGCCCGACAUUGACCUGAACCUGAAAGGUCCCAAGAUCAAAGGUGACGUUGAUGUUUCUGUCCCUAAGCUGGAAGGUGACCUGAAGGGCCCUGAAAUUGACAUCAAAGGCCCCAAAGUGGACAUUGAGGCACCCGAUGUCGACAUUCACGGUCCAGAGGGAAAGUUCAAGAUGCCAAAGUUCAAAAUGCCCAAAUUUGGGAUGCCGGGGCUAAAGGGAGAAGGUCCUGAGGUGGACGUGAACCUUCCGAAAGGGGACUUGGAUUUGUCCGGCCCCAAGGUGGACGUUGAGAUGCCGAGUGUGGACAUUGAGGGCCCCGAGGGGAAGAUCAAAGGCCCCAAGUUCAAGAUGCCCGAGAUGAACAUCAAAGCCCCCAAGAUCUCCAUGCCGGACAUUGACCUCAACCUGAAAGGCCCGAAGGUCAAGGGGGGUCUUGAUGUCUCUGUCCCCAGAUUGGAGGGUGACCUGAAAGGUCCGGAUGUGAAUAUUAAAGGUCCGAAGUUGGAUGUGGAUGUUCCUGAUGUGGACGUUGAAGGUCCCGAGGGGAAGUGGAAAGGACCCAAGAUCAAGAUGCCCGAGAUGAACAUCAAGGCACCGAAAUUUUCUUUGCCUGAUGUCGACCUGAACCUGAAAGGUCCCAAACUGAAGGGAGAAGUGGAUGUGUCUGCCCCAAAAAUUGAAGGUGACGUGAAAGUGCCAGAUCUGGAGUUGAAAGGACCCAAAGUGGACGUGGAUGUCCCUGACAUCGAACUGGAGGGCCCCGAGGGGAAGGUGAAGGGCCCCAAGUUCAAGAUGCCCGAGAUGCACUUCAAAGCCCCCAAGAUCUCAAUGCCGGACUUUGAUCUGAACCUGAAGGGCCCCAAAGUGAAAGGGGACGUGGACAUGUCCAUCCCGAAAAUCGAGGGAGAUUUGAAGGGCCCAGACGUUGACAUCAAAGGCCCCAAAGUCAAUGUCAACCUCCCUGACGUCGACCUGGAGUGUCCGGAAGCGAAGCUGAAAGGCCCCAAGUUCAAGAUGCCCGAAAUGCACUUCAAAACCCCCAAAAUCUCCAUGCCUGACAUUGAUUUGAACCUGAAAGGCCCAAAACUGAAGGGGGACGUGGACAUCUCUGGCCCCAAACUGGAAGGCGAUUUGAAGGGCCCAGAUGUGGACAUCGAAGCUUCUGGUCCCAAACUGGACAUCGAAGCUCCUGCCGUGGACAUUGAUCUCCCAGAGGGGAAGGUGAAGGGCCCCAAGUUCAAGAUGCCCGAGAUGCACUUCAAGGCCCCCAAAAUCUCAAUGCCAGACUUUGAUCUGAACCUGAAAGGCCCCAAGGUCAAGGGCGACAUUGAUGUGUCCCUGCCCAAGCUGGAAGGUGACCUGAAAGGUCCAAAAGUGGACACUGAGGCUCCAGAUGUGGAGCUGGAAUGUCCAGAAGGGAAGAUCAAAGGCCCCAAGUUCAAAAUGCCCGAGAUGCACAUUAAGGCCCCCAAGAUCUCCAUGCCCGACUUCGAUCUGAACCUGAAAGGCCCCAAGGUGAAGGGGGACAUUGAUGUCUCAGUCCCCAAGCUGGAAGGGGACCUGAAAGGUCCUGAAAUUGACGUCAAAGGCCCCAAAGUUGAUGUCAGCCUUCCUGAUGUUGAGCUGGAGUGUCCAGAGGGGAAACUGAAGGGCCCCAAGUUCAAGAUGCCCGAGAUGCAUUUUAAGACACCCAAGAUCUCCAUGCCUGACAUCGACCUGAACCUGAAAGGCCCCAAAGUGAAGGGUGACAUCGAUGUCUCUGUUCCAAAGCUCGAGGGAGAUUUGAAAGCACCAGACAUCGACAUCAAAGGCCCCAAAGUCGAUGUUGAUCUCCCUGACAUCGAGCUGGAAGGGCCUGAGGGGAAGAUCAAAGGCCCCAAGUUCAAGAUGCCUGAGAUGCACAUCAAGGCCCCCAAGAUCUCCAUGCCGGACGUUGACUUCAACCUGAAGGGCCCCAAGGUCAAAGGGGACAUCGAUGUCUCUGUCCCUAAACUGGAAGGUGAUGUUAAGGGUCCUGAGCUGGACAUCAAAGGCCCCAAAGUGGACAUUGAGGCACCUGAUGGGAAGGUGAAAGGCCCCAAGUUCAAGAUGCCCGAGAUGCAUUUUAAGACACCCAAGAUCUCCAUGCCUGACAUCGACCUGAACCUGAAAGGCCCCAAAAUCAAGGGGGACGUUGAUGUUUCCCUUCCCAAAGUGGAAGGUGACCUGAAGGGCCCCGAAAUUGACAUCAAAGGUCCCAAAGUUGAUGUUGACCUUCCUGAUGUUGAUCUGGCAGGUCCAGAGGGGAAGAUCAAAGGCCCCAAGUUCAAGAUGCCCGAGAUGAACAUCAAGGCCCCCAAGAUCUCCAUGCCCGAUGUUGACUUCAACCUGAAGGGCCCCAAGGUCAAAGGGGACAUUGAUGUCUCUGUCCCUAAACUGGAAGGGGACCUGAAGGCCCCUGAAAUUGACAUCAAAGGCCCCAAAGUGGACAUUGAGGCACCUGACGUCAACAUUCAUGGCCCAGAAGGGAAAAUAAAGUUCCCCAAAUUCAAGAUGCCCAAGUUCGGGAUGCCCGGGGUCAAGGCAGAAGGUCCCGAGGUGGACGUGAACCUCCCAACAGGAAACCUGGAUGUGUCUGGCCCCAAGGUGGACAUUGAAGGUCCGGAAGUGGACGUGGAGCUGCCAGAGGGGAAGGUCAAAGGCCCCAAGUUCAAGAUGCCCGAGAUGCAUUUUAAGACACCCAAGAUCUCCAUGCCCGAUGUUGACUUCAACCUGAAGGGCCCCAAAGUGAAGGGGGACAUCGAUGUCUCUGUUCCAAAGCUCGAGGGAGAUUUGAAAGCCCCAGACAUCAACAUCCAGGGCCCCAAAGUCAAUGUUGAUCUUCCUGAUGUUGAACUGGAAGGGCCUGAGGGGAAGAUCAAAGGCCCCAAGUUCAAGAUGCCUGAGAUGCACAUCAAGGCCCCCAAGUUCUCCAUGCCCGAUGUUGACUUCAACCUGAAGGGCCCCAAGGUCAAGGGUGAUGUGGACGUGUCAGUUCCAAAACUGGAAGGUGACCUGAAGGCCCCUGAGCUGGACAUCAAAGGCCCCAAAGUGGAUAUUGAAGCACCUGAUGUCGAUAUUCAUGGCCCAGAAGGGAAAAUAAAAUUUCCCAAAUUCAAGAUGCCCAAAUUUGGGGUCCCCGGCUCCAAAGUGGAGGCACCAGACGUGGCCGUGAACCUGCCAACAGGAAACCUGGAUGUGUCCGGCCCCAAGGUGGACAUUGAAGGUCCGGAAGUGGACGUGGAGCUGCCAGAGGGGAAGAUCAAAGGCCCGAAGUUCAAGAUGCCCGAGAUGCACAUCAAGGCCCCCAAGAUCUCCAUGCCCGAUGUCGACUUCAACCUGAAAGGCCCCAAAGUGAAGGGGGACGUUGAUGUUUCCGUUCCCAAGCUGGAAGGUGACCUGAAGGGCCCUGAAAUUGACAUCAAAGGCCCCAAAGUCGAUGUUGAUCUUCCUGAUGUGGAGCUGGGAGGUCCAGAGGGGAAGAUCAAAGGCCCCAAGUUCAAGAUGCCCGAGAUGCACAUCAAGGCCCCCAAGAUCUCCAUGCCGGACGUUGACUUCAACCUGAAGGGCCCCAAGGUCAAAGGGGACAUCGAUGUCUCUGUCCCUAAGCUGGAAGGUGAUGUUAAGGGUCCUGAGCUGGACAUCAAAGGCCCCAAAGUGGACAUUGAGGCACCCGAUGUCGACAUUCACGGCCCAGAAGGGAAAAUUAAAAUGCCAAAAUUCAAGAUGCCCAAAUUUGGAUUUUCCGGUCCAAAAGUGGAAGGUCCCGAGGUAGACGUGAACCUCCCUGAGGCCGAUGUCAACAUUUCGGCUCCAAAGGUUGACGUUUCUAUCCCUGACCUGGACAUUGAAGGCCCAGAAGGGAAACUGAAGGGCCCCAAGUUCAAGAAGCCGGAGCUGCAGUUCAACGUCCCCAAAAUCUCCAUGCCCGACAUCGACCUGAACCUGAAAGGCCCCAAAUUGAAAGGUGACCUCGAUGCUUCUCUUCCCAAGGUCGAGGGCGAGCUGAAAGGCCCAAAAGUUGACAUCAAAGGGCCAGAGCUCGAGCUGGAGGGGCCGAAGGCUGACCUCGAAGGAAAAGGUAAAAAAUCCAGGUUUAAACUUCCCAAGUUUGGCUUUUCUGGCCCAAAAGUUCAAAGCCCUGAGGUGGACGUGAAGCUCAAAAAACCUGAGGUGGAGCUGUCUGGCCCGAAAGUCGAGGUUCAGGCUCCAGAUUUGGAUGUCCAGGCGAAAUCCAAAGGUUCCAAAUUCAAAAUGCCUUUUCUCAAUAUUUCUUCACCCAAAGUCUCGAUGCCGGACGUGGAGUUGAACCUGAAGGGGCACAAAAUGAAAGGGGAGUUUGACCUGUCUGUCCCCAAAUUGGAAGGGGAGAUGAAGAGUCCCGAGGUGGACAUCAAAGGCCCCAAGGUCAACCUUGAGACCCCCGAUGUGGAUGUUCAUGGCCCAGAGGGUAAAAUCAAGAUGCCCAAGUUCAAAAUGCCCAAAUUUGGUGUUCCUGGGUUUAAAGGGGAGGGGCCAGAGGUGGACGUGAACCUGCCAACAGGAGAACUGGAUGUGUCUGGUCCCGAAGUGGACAUUGAAGGCCCAGAUGUGGACAUUGAGGGGCCAGAGGGGAAGAUCAAAGGCCCCAAGUUCAAGAUGCCCGAGAUGAACAUCAAAGCCCCCAAGAUCUCCAUGCCUGACAUUGACCUCAACCUGAAAGGCCCCAAAGUGAAGGGGGAUGUGGAUGUGUCCCUGCCCCAGGUGGACCUGAAAGGACCCAAAUUGGACGUAGAAGUUCCCGACCUCGAUAUUGAAGGUCCGAAAGGGAAAAUAAAAGGCCCCAAAUUUAAAAUGCCUGAGAUGAACAUCAAAGCUCCCAACAUCUCCAUGCCAGACCUGGACCUGAACCUGAAAGGCCCCAAGGUGAAAGGCGGGGUGGACAUUGAUCUAUCCACACCGAAAAUCGAAGGGGACGUAAAUAUGCCAGACAUCAGUGUCAAAGGCCCCAAAGUGGACGUUGAAGGCCCAGAGCUGGACAUUGAAGGGCCUGAGGGGAAGAUCAAAGGCCCCAAGUUCAAGAUGCCCGAGAUGCACAUCAAGGCCCCCAAGAUCUCCAUGCCCGAUGUCGACUUCCACUUGAAGGGCCCCAAGGUCAAGGGUGACAUCAAUGUUUCUGCUCCAAAGCUGGAAGGUGACCUGCAGGGCCCCGAAAUCGACAUCAAAGGCCCCAAAGUGGACAUCGAGGCACCCGAUGUGGACAUUCACGGCCCUGAGGGAAAAUUCAAGAUGCCCAAGUUCAAGAUGCCCAAGUUCGGGAUGCCCGGGGUCAAGGCAGAAGGUCCUGAGGUGGAUGUGAACCUCCCAACAGGAAACCUGGAUGUGUCCGGCCCCAAGGUGGACAUUGAAGGUCCGGAAGUGGACGUGGAGCUGCCAGAGGGGAAGGUGAAGGGCCCCAAGUUCAAGAUGCCCGAGAUGCAUUUUAAGACACCCAAGAUCUCCAUGCCCGACAUUGACCUGAACCUGAAAGGUCCCAAGAUCAAAGGUGACGUUGAUGUUUCUGUCCCUAAGCUGGAAGGUGACCUGAAAGGCCCUGAAAUUGACAUCAAAGGCCCCAAAGUCGAUGUUGAUCUUCCUGAUGUGGAGCUGGGAGGUCCAGAGGGGAAGAUCAAAGGCCCCAAGUUCAAGAUGCCUGAGAUGCACAUCAAGGCCCCCAAAAUCUCAAUGCCGGACUUUGAUCUGAACCUGAAGGGCCCCAAGGUGAAGGGGGACGUUGAUGUUUCCGUUCCCAAGCUGGAAGGUGACCUGAAGGGCCCUGAAAUUGACAUCAAAGGCCCCAAAGUCGAUGUUGAUCUUCCUGAUGUUGAUCUGGAAGCACCUGAGGGGAAGAUCAAAGGCCCCAAGUUCAAGAUGCCUGAGAUGCACAUCAAGGCCCCCAAAAUCUCCAUGCCGGACUUUGACCUGAACCUGAAAGGCCCCAAAGUGAAGGGGGACGUUGAUGUUUCCGUUCCCAAGCUGGAAGGUGACCUGAAGGGUCCUGAAAUUGACAUCAAAGGCCCCAAAGUCGAUGUUGAUCUUCCUGAUGUGGAGCUGGGAGGUCCAGAGGGGAAGAUCAAAGGCCCCAAGUUCAAGAUGCCUGAGAUGCACAUCAAGGCCCCCAAAAUCUCAAUGCCGGACUUUGAUCUGAACCUGAAGGGCCCCAAGGUGAAGGGGGACGUUGAUGUUUCCGUUCCCAAGCUGGAAGGUGACCUGAAGGGCCCUGAAAUUGACAUCAAAGGCCCCAAAGUCGAUGUUGAUCUUCCUGAUGUUGAUCUGGAAGCACCUGAGGGGAAGAUCAAAGGCCCCAAAUUUAAGAUGCCCGAGAUGAACAUCAAGGCUCCCAAAAUCUCAAUGCCGGACUUUGAUCUGAACCUGAAAGGCCCCAAAGUGAAGGGGGACAUGGACGUGUCACUGCCGAGCAUGGGAGGUGACCUGAAAGGGCCAAAGGUGGAUGUGAAAGGCCCUGAGUUCAAUGUUUCUGCCCCAGAUGUUCAAAUCGAGGGCCCAGAAGGGAAGGUUAAAGGCCCCAAGUUCAAGAUGCCUGAGAUGCACAUCAAGGCCCCCAAGAUCUCCAUGCCUGACAUUGAUCUGAACCUGAAAGGCCCCAAGGUGAAGGGGGACAUUGAUGUCUCUGUUCCAAAGCUGGAAGGGGACCUGAAGGGCCCUGACAUCGACAUCAAAGGCCCCAAAGUCGAUGUUGACCUUCCUGAUGUGGAAUUGGAGGGACCUGAGGGGAAGAUCAAAGGCCCUAAGUUCAAGAUGCCCGAGAUGCACAUCAAGGCCCCCAAGAUCUCCAUGCCGGACAUCGACUUCAACCUGAAAGGCCCCAAAGUGAAGGGGGACGUGGAUGUGUCCCUUCCAAAGCUCGAGGGUGACCUGCAGGGCCCCGAAAUUGACAUCAAAGGCCCCAAAGUCGAUGUUGAUCUCUCUGAUGUGGAGCUGGGAGGUCCAGAGGGGAAGAUCAAAGGCCCCAAGUUCAAGAUGCCCGAGAUGCACAUCAAGGCCCCCAAGAUCUCCAUGCCUGAUGUCGACUUCAACUUGAAGGGCCCCAAGGUCAAGGGUGACAUUGAUGUCUCUGUCCCUAAACUGGAAGGUGACCUGCAGGGCCCCGAAAUCGACAUCAAAGGCCCCAAAGUGGACAUCGAGGCACCCGAUGUCAACAUUCAUGGCCCUGAGGGAAAAUUCAAGAUGCCCAAAUUCAAGAUGCCCAAGUUCGGGAUGCCCGGGGUCAAGGCAGAAGGUCCUGAGGUGGAUGUGAACCUCCCAACAGGAAACCUGGAUGUGUCUGGCCCCAAGGUGGACAUUGAAGGUCCGGAAGUGGACGUGGAGCUGCCAGAGGGGAAGGUGAAGGGCCCCAAGUUCAAGAUGCCCGAGAUGCAUUUUAAGACACCCAAGAUCUCCAUGCCCGACAUUGACCUGAACCUGAAAGGUCCCAAGAUCAAAGGUGACGUUGAUGUUUCUGUCCCUAAGCUGGAAGGUGACCUGAAGGGUCCUGAAAUUGACAUCAAAGGCCCCAAAGUCGAUGUUGAUCUCCCUGAUGUAGAGCUGGGAGGUCCUGAGGGGAAGAUCAAAGGCCCCAAGUUCAAGAUGCCCGAGAUGCACAUCAAGGCCCCCAAAAUCUCCAUGCCGGACGUUGACUUCAACCUGAAGGGCCCCAAGUUUGAGGGUGACCUUAAGGGUCCUGAGCUGGACAUCAAAGGCCCCAAAGUGGACAUCGAGGCACCCGAUGUCGACAUUCACGGCCCCGAAGGGAAAUUCAAACUACCAAAAUUCAAGAUGCCCAAAUUUGGGAUGCCAGGGCUGAAGGGAGAAGGUCCUGAGGUGGACGUGAACCUGCCAACAGGAAACCUGGAUGUGUCCGGCCCCAAGGUGGACAUUGAAGGUCCGGAAGUGGACGUUGAGGGUCCUGAAGGAAAACUGAAAGGCCCCAAGUUCAAGAUGCCUGAGAUGCACAUCAAGGCCCCCAAAAUCUCCAUGCCAGACCUCGAUCUGAACCUGAAAGGCCCCAAAAUCAAAGGUGAUGUGGACAUGUCUCUGCCAAGCGUUGAAGGAGAACUGAAAGGCCCUGAGGUCAAUGUCACUGCCCCCGACAUCAGCAUCGACAGCCCUGAGGGCAAAUUCAAACUCCCCAAGUUCAAGAUGCCCAAAUUUUCCAUGCCUGGAUUCAAAGGGGAAGGGAUGGACGUUGAUGUGACCCUCCCCAGGGGUGACGUCGACAUUUCGGGCCCCAGCAUGGAUGUGGAGGCUCCUGACCUGAGCGUGGACGGGAAAGUCAAAGGUCCCAAAUUUUCCAUGCCCGAGAUGCACAUCAAGGCCCCCAAGAUCUCCAUGCCCGAUGUCGACUUCAACCUGAAGGGCCCCAAGGUCGAAGGUGAUGUCGAUGUUUCUGUCCCGAAAAUGGAAGGUGACCUGAAGGGCCCUGAAAUUGACAUCAAAGGCCCCAAAGUCGAUGUUGAUCUUCCUGAUGUGGAGCUGGGAGGUCCAGAGGGGAAGAUCAAAGGCCCCAAGUUCAAGAUGCCCGAGAUGCACAUCAAGGCCCCCAAGAUCUCCAUGCCCGAUGUUGACUUCAACCUGAAGGGCCCCAAGGUCAAAGGGGACAUCGAUGUCUCUGUCCCUAAGCUGGAGGGGAACCUGCAGUGCCCAGAUGUUGAUAUCAAAGGCCCCAAGGUGGACAUUCAGGCACCAGAUGUGACCCUGGAAGGGCCCAAGGUCAAGAUGCCCGAAAUUCAGGUCAAGACCCCCCAGAUCUCCAUGCCCGACAUCGACCUGAACCUGAAGGGCCUGAAGGUGAAAGGCGACUCUGACCUGCAUGGGCCCAAGCUCGAGGGGGGUCUGAAGGGCCCCGAGGUCGAUAUCAAAGGCCCCAAAGUCGACAUCGAGGGCCCAGCGGUCGACGUCGAUGGUCUGGGGGGGAAAGUGAAGCUACCCAAAAUGAAAAUGCCCAAAUUUGGCUUUAAAGGGGAAGGUCCUGACGCGGAUGUGAAGUUGCCAAAGGCCGAGGUGGAUCUGUCUGGCCCCAAGGUUGACCUCAGCCUCCCGGAGGUCAACGUUGAGGGUCUGGAGGGCAAAGUGAAAGGUCCUAAACUGAAAAUGCCCGAAAUGCAUAUGAACGUCCCCAAAAUCUCCAUGCCUGAGAUAGACCUGAACUUGAAAGGCCACAAAACCAAGGGCGGCUUUGACAUUUCAACCCCAAAGGUGGAAGGUCACCUAAAAGGGCCUGAGGUCAACCUCAAAGGACCAGAAUUCGGGGUCAAAGGCCCUGAAGUUGACGUUGAAGGUCCCGACCUGAGCAUCGAGGGCCCAGAGGCCAACAUCAAAGCUCCCAAGUUUAAAAAGUCCAAGUUUGGGUUUGGGAUGAAAAGCCCAAAGGCGGAGGUGGAUUUACCGGAGGCAGAGCUGAAUGUGGAGUCACCUGAGGUCAAUCUGUCUGGGAAGGGGAAGAAGAGCAAGUUCAAGAUGCCCAAAAUCCACAUGAGCGGCCCCAAAGUGAAGGGGAAGAAGGGGGCAUUCGAUGUGAACGCGGCGGGGGCAGAGCUGGACACAGAACUCAGCAUUGCCGGCCCCGACGUCACCGUCAAAGGUGAUGCCGCCGUGAAGUCGCCCAAAGGCAAGAAACCCAUGUUUGGGAAAAUCUCCUUCCCAGAUGUCGAAUUCGACCUCAAAUCGCACAAGUUCCGAGGGGAGGCCUCAGUGGGGGUCCCGAAAGUCGAGGGGGAUCUGGAGGUGUCGGUGCCGGCGGUCAAGGGCGACCUCAAGGGCCCGAGUCUCAACAUGGACGUUGAAGGUCCCGAUGUGAACCUGAAAAGCCCAAAAUUCAAACUCCCUGGGGUCCAGGUGGGCGCUGGGGAUGUGAAAAUCAGGGGGGACCUGAAAGGCCCUGGGAUCGAUGUCGCCGUUCCCUCGGUCGCGGUGCCGGAUGUCGACUUGGGCGUGAAAGGACCAAAAGUAAAAGGUGAAGUCAGUGUUGCCGGAGCACAACUGGAAGGUCCCGAGGGGAAACUGGGAUGGCCCAAGGGGGGGAAAAUGGGUUUGGGGCUGGAAAUGCCGGAUGUGGACUCGGAUGUGGAUGUGAAGCUCACAGGGCCCCAAAUCUCCAGACCUGAGUUUGAGGGGAACCUGAAAGGACCAAAAUUAAAGGGAGACUUGGACGUUUCGGGCUCUGUGGAAGGGCCUGGUGUCACCCUGGACGUGCCCGGCCUCGACCUCGGCGGCUUGGGGGGGAAGGUGAAGCUGCCCAAGGCCAAGUCCCCGACGCUGGAGGUCAAGGGGGGCGUCCCCUGCUCCGUCCAGUCCCCGGGGGCCUCCCUGGACCUCAAGGGGCCCUCGCUGGAUGUCUCCGGCCUGGAUUUGGAUGUCAACCUGAAAGGACCAAAGUUGAAAGGAGACAUCGGCGUCAAAUCCCCCAAAGCAUCGGCAGACGACUCUGGCUUUGAAAUUCUGGGGGGCACCAUCAAACUCCCGUCCCUGAAGCUCCCCCAGUUCGGCAUCUCCAGCCCCAGCAUGGAGGGAGGGGACGCAGGGGUCACUCUGGAAGGUCCCCAAGUGAAGGGGGGGCUGAAGGGCUCCGGUUUGGAGCUGGAAGGCCCCGAGGUGGAACUGAAAGGGCCGAAAUUCCCAACACCAGCGUCUCCCGGCGUCCCCUUGCCGGACGUUGAUCUGAGGCUGAAAGGACCAAACCUGGAUGUGGCUGGUGACAUCAAAGGGUCAAAGGUCAGUGUGGAAGCCCCUCAUGGAGGGGUGAGCGUCCACCUGGAGGCUCCGGAAGUGUCUGGCUCAGGAUUGAACGUCAGCAUGAAAGGGCCAAAGGUCAAAGGUGUGGCCGAGGUGACGCCGCCGUCGGUCAGCGCUGGCGCUGGAAUGUUCCACGCCUCCGGCCCCAAGGUGGGCACUGGGGCCGGCCCCGAGGGCAGCCAGGUCAAAGUAUCCUUCCCCAAGCUGCGGAUGCCGAAAUUCGUCUUCUCUGAGCCUGAGGCCAAGGGCCGGGAGGUCGGGGUAGACGUCGACUUCCCUGGGGCCGACGUGGCCGAGCCGGAACCGGAUGAGGCUGAGGCGAGGAUGAAGAAAUCCAAGCUCAAGAUGCCCAAAUUCAACUUCUCCAAGCAGAAAGGGCGGAGCGGUGGCACCCUGGGGUCCCCUGAGGCGUCAGGGUCGGUGUCAGGCUCCAAGGGCGACCUGAAGAGCUCCAAGGUGAGUCUGGGCUCAGCCGAGGGCGAGCUGGAGGCCGAGGCGCCGGCGGCCAAGGGCAAAUUCUCGCUGUUCCGCAGCAAGAAGCCGCGGCCGCGCUCGUCGUCCUUCAGCGAUGACCACUCGGCCGAGCUGGACGCCGCCGCCAAGCAGCCCAAGAGCAAAUUUGGGACCUUCGGCGGCAUCGGCUCCAAGGCCAAGGGGUGCUACGAGGUCACAGCCGGGGAUGAGGACGCGGGGCGGGCACUGGGGUCCCCCAAGUCCCGCCUGUCCUCAUCCUCGUCCUCCGAGGGCGUCGGUGGCGCUGCCCGGGGCGGCUUCCGCGUGCCCGGCGUGGAGCUGGCGGUGGCCAAGCGCAAGGAGUGACCGCUGGGGGAGGGGUUGUACAUAGGCCUGGAAGGAGGGACCCCCACAUGUACAGAAAUGGGGGGAGGGGUUGGGGGUCCCCCCGAAAUUUUGGGGUCCCCCUCGGGGUCCCUACGCUCGCUCUGGCCCCGCUGAGAGCUUCACUUCUUCCCUCCCAAUUUAUCCUUUUUUGAUAUUUUUAUUGGGUUUUUUUUUUCGUUCUCCUCUGUUUUUUUCCCCUCCUCCCCCUCAAAAAAUUUUCAGUGUUUGGUUC